GCGUCGACUGGAUCUCUGGGAAUUGCGAAGGUGCCUUGUUGUAUUUCAAGCACAACAUAACCUGUCUGCUGCCAUGGCGGCUGUUCACUAUCAACCGUUUAGUGAAGGAGUUCCUGUGAAGUCUUUUCCUAAUGGUGUGGAAGUCAGAACAAUGAAGGUUGAAGACAGUGAAUUUGCUGGAAGAAUUUUGGUGGAAGGUUUUGAGAGCAAAUUCAUCCAUGCAGUUGGAAAAAGAAACCUUGAUAAAGUCAUGGAGGCAUCGAGUAUAGACCACAGAAGUAUGGGAAGUAUUUACCAUCGGAUCUUCAUUGCCACUGUGGAUGGACAGCCUGCUGGACUGAUGGAACUGAAGUUUCAUGGAGACAAGUCACAUGGGGGCAGUUCAGAACCGUACUCGCAACGCCUGGGUUGUUGGGUCAUGUGUCGGCUUGGCAUUAUGCUUGAUUCCAUGACUGAAUCUGUUGGGCAAGGAAGAUGCUAUGUGGACCACAUUGCAGUGGAUGCGCGAUUUCGAGGAAAAGGACUUGGAAAGGCUUUGUUGGAGACUGCAGAUGAAGUAGCUUUAAGAAACAAUUGUAAUGUGAUAUAUCUGUGGGUGUAUGAUGGAAAUCGAGCCAAGCACUUGUACGAACGCCAGGGAUAUGUUACUGUUGAUACAGGCGGAGGAUGUAUUGUGAAAUGCCUCUUUGGAAUGGAGCCAUUUGCCAAGAUGGAAAAGAAUUUACAAAACUUUUAAAGAGAUUGUGUAACUGCCAAGACUUGAGCUGGAAGAGUCAUAACGAUGGUCUCUAUUCCGGAGAAGCUCUCGGUGGAUGUUCAGGUUAUGAAAGCUGUCCAGCAUAUGUUCAUAGGUGCACCAAAAUUAUAUUCUGCAUGAAGUUAAUGAAAUUUAUUCAUAUUGAUAUUAAUUAACUCUUUCCGGACAUUGUGUUUUUGGGGUUUAGAUGUAAUUAAUUUCUGGCUCGAUCUAGCUAUAAAGGUGAUAUACAAAAUAACUUCAUAUAAGCAUAGCCGUCACUCAAAAGGUAACUUGACAUAUCAAAUUAAAGGAAAUUUGAAUGAGGAUUACAUUUAAACUUUAAAAACAAGGAUUAAUUUUGAACAUCAGCGUGCACGACAAGGGUUAGAAUGGGUGAUAGUGAUGAGAAAAAUACAUUUCGA